AUGAUAGCUACAAAAUUAACCUACACUUUUUUCACUCUUCUCAUGGUGAGCAAUCUAUGGAUAAUUAGUGCAAGUGAAUGUCCUCCAAUGCAUAAGAAGAACUCAUCCAACUUAGAAGCCAAGAGGAAGAGGUUUGAAAGUUGGCAGAAACAACAUGGCCGAAAAUAUGAGAAUCCAGAAGAAUGGCAAGUUCGUUUCGACAUUUACCAAACAAAUGUUGAGUUUAUAGAAUGCAUAAACUCUCAAAACCGCUCCUACCAUCUCACAGACAACAAAUUUGCAGAUCUUACAAAUGAAGAGUUCAAAAGAAUUUAUAUGGGUUAUGGAAAAACUAGUUUGAGCUGUAAUGCAGGAGCAGGAUUAUUAAGGUAUAAUGGACAUGGGGAUCUUCCGGAAAGCAUCGAUUGGAGGAAGAAAGGAGCUGUGACUGACAUCAAGGAUCAAGGCACUUGUGGAAGCUGUUGGGCAUUCUCUGCAGUGGCAGCAGUGGAAGGGAUACACCAAAUAAAAUCAGGAAACUUGAUAUCUCUGUCUGAACAAGAACUCAUAGACUGUGAUGUUGGAAAUGGUAACCAAGGCUGUGCAGGUGGCUUAAUGGAGAUAGCCUUCACAUUCAUAAAAAAGAAUGGUGGGCUAACCACAGAGGAAGAGUAUCCUUAUAAAGGGAAAGAUGGAACCUGUAACAUGGAGAAAGCAGCACAUCAUGCUGUCAGUAUAAGUGGCCAUGAAAAAGUACCUGCUAGUAAUGAGGCCAUGCUCAAAGCUGCAGCAGCUAAUCAACCUGUCUCUGUUGCUAUUGAUGCCGGAGGUUUUCUUUUUCAGCUUUACUCAGGAGGUGUUUUCUUUGGCUUUUGUGGGAAGCAACUCAAUCAUGCAGUGACGAUAGUUGGGUACGGAAGACAAGUAAAUGGUCCAAAGUACUGGCUUGUGAAGAAUUCAUGGGGUGCUGACUGGGGUGAAUCUGGUUAUAUGAAGAUACUGCGUGAUACUCUGGAUAAAGAUGGUACUUGUGGCAUUGCCAUGGAUGCUAGCUACCCUACCCUGUCCACAAUUAAUUACUAUUAG